GAUUUUGAGCUUCCUUGAGCGACACGUGAGAGAGAUGAGUGGGUCGAAAGCCAGCGGCUACAGCCAAUAAUAUUUACCGCAUUUUAACCUAAACCAGAAUGUUAUGGCAGGUUUGCACAUGGACCGGCUCCGGAGAUUAAAAGGAAAGUGAAGCUCCUUAACACGCGCAGUAGAGAAUCUGAAGUACCCGCACCGACGGGAAAAAGCAGAGAUGGGGGGUAAUCACAAGAUUUCCAGUGUGAUUGCUGAAAUAUUUUUCAGCCCCAGGGGUGCUGACGAAGAUGAGACGAUUCAUUGCUUGUGCUCGAGAGCCUAUGCGCAAGAUAGAGAAUGGUACCGCUGGGGCUGGAAGACGCGCUUUGUGGACACUGAGCCCGGAGAGGAUGAUUUGGAAGAAGGAGAGGAAGAGCCAGAGGAGGAGGAGGAGGAGAGGGAGGAGGAAGAGCAGGCUGCUGCAGACAGUAGUGAGGAGUGGGAUGAAGAGGCCUCUCUGAUGGCCAGCAUGGGCCUGCCCCUGGCAUUCUGCAGCUCCUCAGCACCUCAGAAACGGCUGGGGAAAACUCACCACAAGCCAAACCGUGUGAGGGGGAGGAAGUGCAGCCCUCACAGGGAGGAGGAGCCUGAGGCUCUGCCCACUGAGGAGUCCCCGUGUGAUGGACAGGCUGCUCAGACUGCAGGGGUGGGGCCGGAGGAGGAGCCUGAGGCUUCGCCCACUCUGGAGCCCCCGUGUGAUGGACAGGCUGCUCAGACUGCAGGGGUGGGUCUGGAGGAGGAGCCUGAGGCUCCGCCCACUCUGGAGCCCCCGUGUGAUGGACAGGCUGCUCAGACGGCAGGGGUGGGUCUGGAGGAGGAGCCUGAGGCUCUGCCCACUGAGGAGUCCCCGUGUGAUGGACAGGCUGCUCAGACUGCAGGGGCGGGGCUGGAGGAGGAGCCUGAGACUCCGCCCACUCAGGAGUCCUCGUGUGACGGACAGACCGCUCGGACGGCAGGGGCGGGGCCGGAGGAAGGACACGCCUCCACGUCCUCUCAGGGCUGGGAUCUGUAUUGGGCCCAGCAGGGGAACUCCCUCCUGUGGCAGGCCUGGCUGGAGACACACCCGCAGGACAGCAGUGACCAGCAGGGGGCGCUGUGGGACAGCCCGGACAGAAAGAGCGAAUGGGAGCUGCACUACAGCCAGACAUACUACCGCUACUGGGAGGAGUACCAGUACUGGGCGUCUCAGGGCUGGACCGUGGCCGACGCCCAUGAAGAGGCGGGGCCAGGGCUGUCGGAUACGCCCUCCGGGGACACAGUGGGCUCUGCGAUUGGAGGAGGCCCGGGGGCAGAGGAAGAAGCGGCACAUCUUAUUGGACAGCUGAGCCUGCUGAGUCCGGGGGGAGCUGAGGAAACUGGCGGUCGCCAGGGUGAGGGGCGGGGCGAGGAGCCCUGUUGCCUGGGCGACGAGCCGUGCGAUGGCGGGAAUCGGAAACGGACGUCCUCCAGCAGAGCGGGCUCUGAGCCAGCCGAAUCCAGCCAAAACUCCAGGAGCUCAGAAAAGAGGUGUGGCCAGCCGGAGAAAGCCUCUUUGAACGGUGAAGAUGAUGAUGGUGAUGAUGAUGGCCCUCCAAACAGACUAGGAGUGAAGAUCAAGAGGAGUCACGAGUUGGAUGAGGAGGAGAGCCCGCACACGCGUGUGGAGGACAGCCCGCACACGCGUGUGGAGGACAGCCCGCACACGCGUGUGGAGGAGAGCCCGCACACGCGUGUGGAGGACAGCACGCACACGCGUGUGGAGGAGGCCUGGAAUCGGCUAGGCCUGAAACAUGGACCAAAUCCUGUGUUCGAGAGCACUUUGAAGUUUAAACGGGGCGGGGCAGACAGGAGCCGAAAGCCGCAGAACAAGCACAUCUUCUUCACCGAGGAGAGCGACGCCCCCCAGCCCAAAAUGAGCAAGACCCUCCGGCAGGUGCAGAGCUUCUUGGCGCGGGUUCAGAGUGACGAGGGGGUGCUGGGAGGUUCAGCCAGUGUGAUGCGUGAGGAAGAUGAGGAGGAGGAGAAGAAGAAGGAGAGCGAGGAGGAGGAGAAGAAGAAGGAGAGCGAGGAUGAACACGAUGAAGACGCGUGUCAGAAGCCUGAGGAAGACCAUGAGGAGGGAGAGGAAGAGCGAAGUGGGGAAGUGGAAACCUCUGCCACGCCCGCUCAGGCCCCACCCCCCCAGCAGCCCUUCGUGAGGAUGGACAGUGACGGUGAGAGCGACAGCGCCCCCAAGAGGGAGCUGCAGGCGCUGGACAUCCCAGAAUACCUCCUGCCUGACCCACCUGAGGGACAGAGCAAGGCUUCCUCCCGUAAGAAGAAGGCCAAGAACAGGAAGAAGAGAAAGAAGAAGGACGUGGAGGUUCCACCCGAGAUCGCGGCGGAACCGGACCUGGCCAAGUACUGGGUCCAGCGGUACCGCCUGUUCUCCCGCUUCGACGAGGGCAUCCAACUGGACCACGAGGGCUGGUUCUCGGUGACUCCAGAGAAGAUCGCUCAGCACAUUGCCGUGCGGGUGCAGCAGCUCAGCCCAUGUGACCUGGUGGUCGAUGCUUUCUGUGGUGUGGGAGGAAACGCCAUCCAGUUCGCCCUCACGGGGAGAAGAGUGAUCGCCGUAGACAUAGACCCAGUGCGGUUGGCCUUGGCGCAGAACAACGCGGAGGUGUACGGCGUCUCAGACCGCAUCGACUUCCUGCAGGGAGACUUCCUGCAGCUGGCCCCCCGCCUGCGAGCCGACGUGGUCUUCCUCAGCCCCCCCUGGGGGGGCCCCGAUUACAUCAGCACCGACGUCUUCGACAUCAAGACCAUGAUGUGCCUCGACGGUUUUGAAAUUUUCAGACUUGCCAAACUGAUUUCGGAAAACAUAGUGUACUUCCUCCCUCGAAAUACUGAUGUGGAUCAGAUCGCCUCUCUUGCUGGACCCGGCGGAAGAGUAGAAGUAGAACAGAACUUUCUCAACAGCAAUUUGAAGACCAUAACGGCAUACUUUGGCAAUUUGAUUCACUCUGACUGUUAGAUUUGUCAGGCAGGUUGCCUGGUUGUUUGUGUGCCGCUUCAACCGUGUUGUACAUCGAAAUUGCGUCCGUGAGAUUAUUUUAGUUCAGGAGUCCUUGUGGGUUCUGUUUUAUAUUUAGUUUUUUUGUUUUGUUUUGUUUUGUUUUUAGAUUUUACACUAUAUUUUGUAUAUGAUAAUAAACUGAAUUGUGCAAUUUG